AUGUGGAGCUGUUUAAAAGUUGCCAUUUUAACACUUAUAUUCACUUUUUAUACAAGUGAAAGUAUCAUUUUCAAAAUGACAAAUGUGGUUUGCGGCAGCUACAAUAAGUCUUGGGUGCUGAUCAAUCAAUGCCGAUUGAAGGCUGUUGGUCGCAACAAGAUAUUUUUCAACUUCAAUGCUACAUUUAUACAUCCAACCAGCGAUAUCGUGGUGAGGUAUCAACUCUUUAAGAGGGAAAAUGGCUAUAAGCCCUUUCUUUUGAAUAUGAAAAUCGAUGGUUGUCGGUUCUUAAGUAAGCCCUAUGAUGUCAUCGGCGUUAUGAUUUAUAGAUUUUACAGGGACUUUUCUAACAUUAACCACACUUGCCCACUGCAUGGUGAAAUACUUAUUAGGAAUAUGUAUCUCAAAAUCGAAGAACUGAGGCAACUUCCAUUUCCCACUGGCGACUAUUUACUGGCCAUGACUUGGACUUUUUAUCGAAACCCGCAAUUUACAACCAAUGUUAGUUUUCAAUAUGUCGAGGAUCUGCUGUAA